AAGUUAUUUUGUGUUUUAGACUUUAUCACUUUAUUUGCUUCCAGUAUACGUAGACGAAAUGAAAACAUCUCGGGCUAUUUUACUGAGUUUUCAAGUUAUAUUAGGUUACAGUGUUGGCUGUUUGGGUCACAACGAUUACGAAUUUCCUAAAAGUUUUGAUUUUGGUGCAGUAACAGCAUCUUUUGCUAUCGAAGGCGGAUGGAAUGCAGAUGGAAAAGGAGAAAGUGUGUGGGAUUUUAUUACCCACGAAAUUCCCGAAAUCGUUGAAGCAGAAUCUGGUGCUAACUAUAACAUUACGAAGGCAGCAGAAGUGGCUGCCGAUUCGUACCAUCGCUUCGAAGAAGACAUCAAAGCGGCCAAAGAAAUUGGUUUAAACUUUUAUAGAUUUUCUAUAUCAUGGACUCGUAUUUUGCCACACGGAUUUAAUUUCCAUGUUAACCAGGCUGGAAUUGACUACUACAAUAAACUAAUAGACGCAAUAAUUGCUGCAAAUGUGACCCCAGUUGCUACCCUUUUACACUACGAUAGUCCUGCUGUGGGGGACCCCUUUUUAGGCGGUUUUAGUAACGAGUUAGCGGUUCAGUGUUUUGUUGACUAUGCUGAUUUAGUGUUUGGCCUUUUUGGGGACCGAAUACGUUAUUGGAUAACUUUUAAUGCUCCCUCUAAGCUUUGCAACGAGUUUCCUAGAAAAAUUCUAGCAAAAAACUCAAAGUACUUCCCAACCGGAAUUUAUGAAUACACGUGUGCACAUAAUGUGAUAAAGGCGCAUGCUAAAACUUAUAGACUCUAUGAGUCAAAAUACAAAACUUCUCAAAAGGGGUUGUUAUCAAUUUCCUUAGAACUCACUUGGCAUGAACCAGCAAGUAACUCAAAAGAAGAUAUCGAAGCAGCAUCGCGAGCUAUGGAUUUUACAUUCGGUUGGUUUGCACAUCCACUUAUACACGGAAACUACCCUAAAAGCAUGAUACAUACUAUAGGAGAAUUGAGCAAAAAGCAAAACUUUACUUCUUCCAGACUUUCGAAAUUUACUCCUGAAGAAAUAAUUAACAUUAAGGGGACAUUGGACUAUUUCUGUGUUGGUCCUAUGCAAACUUAUCUAACUUCUGCAAACAAAGAGAUUCCUAAGAUUCCAAGCACCAACACUGAUGGCCAGUAUAGCGUUCAAGUUAACAAAUCCUGGAUAGAUCCAAACAAUUUCUAUACUAAUACUCCAUGGGGAUUUAGAAAAGCCCUAAAUUACGUAUGGAACUCGUAUGGUCAUAAACAGAUUUCAAUUACCGAACACGGAUACGCAGCUCUAGAUGAUUCCCUGAAUGAUUCCUAUAGAAUUGAUUUUAUGAAGAAAUACCUUGAGCAAGUCUUACUAUUGAUUCAUGAGGACAAAGUCGAUAUUGGAUCCUACUCAGUGCUAUCAUUAAUUGACAUAUUUUACUUUGAAUAUGCCCUCAAAAUCAAAUUUGGUCUGGUCCAAGUUGACUUUAAUAACAACGAAUUUCCGAGAACUCCUAAAAAUUCAGCCAAAUACUAUACACAAGUCAUCAAAAACAGAAAAUUGUAAUUAUUUAUUUAGUAAAAAUUAAUGAAUACUUAAGAAAUCAAGAAUAAAUUAUAAAUAAAAAUA